AUGGCCCGCCUUGCGAGGCCCACCGCGACAGCAAGCAACCCUUCGACCCCCAUCCCGGCCACCACUUUGAGCCCGGCUCUUGCCGGGGCCGUGCCGUCUCCCAGCAGCGGCGCGGCAGGCGUCGCCACCCCCGUCGCCGGACCGUCGCGCACACGGGGCACGCGCUCCAGUGCGCGGCGUUCCCUUGCGGCCGCAGCGACCGCCCCGUCUUCGUCGGCCUCGGCGUCGACUUCCGCCGCGGCGUCACCGGCAAGCUCGGGCGGUGUGGAUCGCAUCCCCAAGAGCCAUGUUGCGCCCAAGGCGCACGGGCUCCGCAAUGCGCUCAACGCGCGCGACCGGACGCCCUGCCCCUUCCCAUCCGAAUUCGGAGGAAGCGAACACUGUGGUGUCGCAGACGAAGACGAGGCCGACGACGUCCUCAUGGCCAUCUGUGCCGCCACCGCUGGACUGGGAAACCUCGCACUGUCACCCGACGAACUUGCUUCAAUUGCGUUUGAACGUGGCUGGCUGCGCCCACCGUCAGUCGCGGUCGCGCCAGCAACCAUGAUUCAGAACGCAAUCCGCAUGCACCAGAGUCGUUGCUCAAAGGCGACUCCAACCCGCAGACCGCUCGUUCAAAAGUACCAGCUCGCAGGCUCGACAGCAGAGGCGGUGCUCGGACCGGCCCUACACCCCACCGCGUUCGAGGGCCCAGCACGCCCAAAGGGCCCAGUGUGGUUCCUCUCGUCAGAAGUGGGAAAGGCAAAAUGGCGCAACCCCUUUGCGGGAAUCGUUGUUCCCAAGACGACCGUUCGCAAACCCGCUGCGCCCAGGCCAAAGACGAUCAAACCCAAGAAGGAAGACACGAGGCGAAAGGACAAGAAGGAUAAGGAGCAAACACCAGCCGCCGCCUCGGCCGCCAGCGACGCCACGGUGCCUCCUCCUGUCCCUCGCAUAAAGUUGCGACUUUCGGCAGCGGCUGGAGACGCAACGCCAGGUACUACGCCUGGUACACCACCGGCAACGCCAGGUGAGGACAGCGAUGUUGGCGAGAGCAUGCGAUCGUCGCGUAGCGUUACCGUCGAGUCGUCGGUCACUCCCAUGCUGUUCUCCACGCCGCCUCCACCGUCUCGCAAGCACCAGCGCAAGCACACUAGCGUCCUCGACUCGUCAGACUCCGACUCUUCGGAUUCCGAUGACGACAUGACAGCCGCCGCCGCCGCGUCGCGUCACAGGCAGCCACGGCACAUUGUGCUACCACCACUCGCCGCCGGUGCUGGAUCGACGCGCUUCCCUCCACAGGCGCCACCAUCCCGCCCUGCACCACCUGCGCACUCUCCUCUGGGCGUCUUGUUUUUCUCGCCCCUCACCACUGCCACACUGCCUCUCCCGACAUUGCUACAGUCUCCCUUCCCUCACCACUCUCUCGACAACACCAUCUGGGCCGCGCGCAACAAGACCGAACCCCUCGCGUUCGAUGCGUCUAGCUCGAGCUCGGACGAUGAGCUAUGCGAGGACUGGGGCAACAGCUCGGGCCUCAUGAUCAAGGCUGACGAUGACGAGGUCCUUUCUGGCUCCUGGCCUCAGGAUGACGACCCCAAGCUCUCGGCAGCCACCACUGCCAUGCGCGAGCUGUUCCCGUACGAGGAAGGUGCCGUUGCCAACCCUUGUGGACCAUCGUUCAACCAGCUCGACAACCGCCAGGGCCAGUCGGACAGCUCCAGCGUCGCUGACAGCUCCUCCACCAUCAACGCCGUGUUCCAGGGCAAGCUCAAGAAUGUCGCCUGUCCCGCAGCUUUGCCAGCUUGGGCGCUGUCGAGCCCCGUCUCGUCGCCUAGCAUGAACGGUCGCUCUCUCCCAGCCUUUGUUGAGACCAGCCCGACCCAGUACCUGUCGCGUUACGCGCGCGAUGUGGACAGGAGCAUGGAGAUGGACGUUGACGUUUCUCCCGACGACGAGGCCUGGCUCGACGAGUCGGGUCAGCUUCCCGUGCACGCCGAGGACACGUUUUCGGAUGUCGAGGUUGGCUCGACCCUCGGUGGCGAGAUUACCACGCCAGAGCGCGACCGCCAGCUGCAGACCGCCGAGUGGGCCCAGGCUUCGUCGCUCCUCAUCAAGCAAGAGCCUGAAGACUACUACCCGUCCCCGGCGGCUACCUCGAGCACCGAGCCCGACGACACCAGCCUUCUCUUCCAGGCAUCUCGCGAGUCGACUGCCUCAGCACCAUCACCUUCGUCAGGCUCGUCCGAGCUUACGCCGUACGAGUUUGACGACUCGGACAACGCACAAGAGUUCCUUUUGGGCCCCGAGAGCUUGUCGAUCGAGGAGCUGGACGAGUGGCUCCCUUGCGCUGCAAAGGUGGACCGCACACCACUCCGUGGCCGUGGCCGCGUAGCUCGGCACGACCCAUCGCGGUGCAGUGGCAACUGGGGUAGCAUUGGCGUCAACAACCCGAUCAUUCCCCUGUCCGGGUUCAUCCCCAAGCCUACACCGCCGCCACUGGUGCGCAAGCGCAGUCUCCGGUCAUGCACGCGUCGCAACCGCUCGACACCCCGCAAGGCCGACUCUCGCCCCACUCCCGUGCCGUCCCCCGUGUCGUCCGAGGUCCUGGUGCUCGAGACCCCCACGCACCCCGAGCCUGAGACCAUCGACAUUGACAUUGAGCUCGAGGACGCAAUCGGUGCCGCGGAUCUGGAAAUGGCCCGCGUCGAGGCAGAAGAACGCGAGGAGCAGUACCGUGCCCAGAAGAGGGCCGAAGCCGAGGAGAACCACCGUCGCUGGCAAGCAUGCCGCCGCGCUUUCGCCGACGCUACAGCCAGCGGCUCGGGCUCCCAGUCCCCAGUCCUCUCGCCACCCAACCCUCCGGCUGCUGAACCUCACCAAUCCUCGCCCUGGAUCGAGACUCCCAACAACGGCUCAGGCACUUGGGGUGCCUCGGACAUUGUGCCCGACAUGACCUCGUCAUUGACCUUGUCGCCACUCGCGCUGCAGAUUUCGCCGCCGCCCGAGCUCACCUCGCUGGACCCCAAGGCGCUUCUUUCGCCACCCAGCCAGACUACCAUGAUGAUGCUCGACUCGGCCUUGUCUCAGGUUGAGAUUGAUCAGCAACACGCCGCCCCACCCCUCCCUGCCCCGGCACUGCCUCCUCCUGCACCUGCUGCGACUGCUCCUGCUCCGCACCCUGUGCCGUACCACCCUGUGGCCAUUGCACCUGCACAGCAGCCCCAGCAACAGCAACAGCAGCAGCCCCAUCGCGGUCACGCUCAGCAGCACCACCACCCUAUUGCUCCCAAGCCAGUAAACCCCUCGCCGCCCAAGCACAUUGCCCCCAGGGUGGUGUCGCCCAAGGUCUCGCACAAGCCGAUGCCCAUCGCCAUUGCGCCGGCACCCGUUCACCCGCACGAGGUCAAGAUUGCGCCCAGGCCAGAAGUCAAGGUUGCGCCCAAGCCCGAGCCGCGGAUUCUUCCCAAGCCCGAGCCGUCCAAGCUUGUGCCAAAGGCAGCUUCCGUGCCUCCCAUUGCUCCAACACCGGCAACCACGAGUGCACCAGCGACGACUCCUGCAACGGCCACGUCGUCGGCCACGUCCACGUCGUCGACUCCUGCGCCGACCCCAGCUCAGGUUCCUACCCGUACCGUCUCGCCGAUCGCGCGUACGUCGACAUCCUCGCCUGCGACUGCCAGUGUCGCGUCAUCGUCCAGCCUGUCCUCUGCGCCAUCGUCCACAGCGACCAGUACCACUACCACGACUGCCUCGACGCCAGCGCCGCAGCCACGGCCCUCGACCCCCUCGUCGGGUGGCACGACCAAGCGUUUGCUUCCCGGUAUCGACGCGUGUGUGAUUGACAACCUCCCUUGUUACUCGCACGUCUGGGAGGCGCCCAAGGGCCCAAAGUGCACUGUGCUUCGUCGUCUCGACACUGACUUUGUCAACGGCACUGCUCUCCUUACGGCUCUUGGCGUUCCCCCAAACAAGUACGCCGAGUACCUCCAGGCGCCGUCGCCCACCCUCGCCUCGCACAGGACUGUCCCCCUCAUUUCACCACAGGGACACCACCACGCACCGGGCGUCCCGGGAGUCUGGAUCCCACUCGUCGAGGCUCGCGAGCUCGCACGCAAGCUCGGUCUUCCCGACUCGAAGCUGCUGGCAAACAUUCUCCGCGAAGACCUGUUCCAGCUCUUCAAGGAGCUUGCUGGUAUUUCGUUGCGCCACACGUCGUCGACCGAGAGCUUUGGAAUGCCGUUCGUCACUCAGCCACACCCGCGCCAGAUGGUUCCGCCGGCCAACGCCAACUCGCGGUCGACACCCAACCUCACCGCGCUUGGCGGCGCCUCGGCUCCCAACCCCACUCACAUGCGUCCUGGCGUACCUGCUGGUGCAAAAGGCCCGCUGGUCCGUGGUCCGGUCGCGCCGCCUGACGGUGCGCCGCAGCCCAAGCGCCGCCGUGCCACCGUCGUCGUUGUUGGUGCCACUGGCCCUGCGGCUGCUACUGCCAACGCAGCUCGCCAGCCCAUCAACCCGGCUGUCCCUCGUGCUGUUCCGACGGCGGCUGCCGCUCGUCCGGCCCCUGUUGUCGCUACUGCACCAGGCAAUGCCCACGCGGCCCCCGUCGCAGCUGUGCGCCAACCUGUGCCCCCCGCUGCUCAGGUCGCCAGGCCUGUCGUCGCCCCAACACCUGUUGCCCCCGCGCCGACGGUUCUGGCAGCCAAGGCCGCUCCAGAUCCGCCCAAGGUCGCACCAAAGGUUGCACCCCUCAUGGCCGUUGCCCCGCCUCCAGCGGCGCCACGCCGGACCCGUGCCAGCCUCGGUGCAGCUGUCGGUGCCAAGUGA